AGAACGUUAGGACUUUGUCAGCCUUGACGACUACAUGCAGUAAGUCUGAGUCUUCGCGAUUUAAGAACAUAUUUUAUAUUAAAAAUUAUAUUUAUUCGAUAUUUAACUUAGGUUCUGAAGAGUGGUGAUCAGUUAAUUGAUUCAUAAACAAACUUUAUUCUGUUUUCUUUUAUAAUCCAUUUUCAUAUAUUUAGUACAUAGAAUGGAGUCGACCAGGUUUUCAAUAACCUUUUGUUUCAUAGGCUUAGCUUUGUUCCCUCGUAUGUAUGUGCAAUCUGCAUCAAUUGCAUAUAAUUCAGCUAACGCUUCAGUUACCGUUGCUUCGAAUGGCUCUUCUGUCCCCGCUGAUGGCCCUAAUCUGGUGGUUUCUCGUGCUCCUCCUUCUGUCGGUCGUGAUGGCCCGAAUACCUUGGUUGCUCCUCCUCCUGUCGGUGCUGAUGGCCCAAAUAACUUCGUUGCUCCUCCCCCUCCAGCUGCUCGACUAAGCCUCAGUCUUGUGGUCGGCUUGAUUGUUGGAGCUGGUGCUUUGAUUUUUGGCUUAGGUUUCAUUUGGUUCAUUUUAAGGAGGAAAACACACAAGGCGAACAAAUUAGAUUAUGUUAUGUUUGAUGAGCUCUUUGGUGGUGAAUUCCAAAAUGGGAUGGGACCAAGGAAGUUUUCCUUUGUGGAAAUAGCUAAAAUGACCAGUAAUUUCAAGGGUGAAAAGCUUGGAGAAGGAGGAUUUGGUGCAGUUUAUAGAGGAUACUUACGGGACUUGGAUACUCAUGUGGCUGUUAAGCGGAUUUCAAAGGCCUCUAAGCAAGGAAUCAAGGAAUAUGCAUCUGAAGUGAAGAUCAUUAGCCGACUGAGGCACAAGAAUCUGGUCAAGCUUAUUGGCUGGUGUCACGAAAAAGGGCAACUUAUACUCGUUUAUGAGUUCAUGGUUAAUGGCAGCCUAGAUUCCCAUCUUUUCAAAGGUAAAACCUUAUUGACCUGGGAUGUGAGGUUUCAAAUUGUGCAGGGCUUGGCAUCAGCUCUUUUCUAUCUACAUGAAGAAGGUGACCAUUGCGUCCUACACAGGGAUAUCAAAGCCAGCAACGUUAUGUUGGAUUCUAGUUUCAAUGCUAAAAUAGGGGAUUUCGGGCUGGCUCGACUAGUCGAUCAUGUGAAAGGGUCACAAACAACCCAUUUAGCCGGGACUAUGGGCUAUAUUGCACCUGAAUGUGUUUCAUCAGGAAAGGCUAGUAAAGAAUCUGAUGUCUAUAGUUUUGGAGUUGUUGCAUUGGAGAUUGCAUGUGGUAGAAGGUCAAUAGAGCCUAGAUAUGAAGAAUCUCAGGCUUCGCUGGUAGCUUGGGUGUGGGAGUUGUACGGAAACCAACAGAUACUUGGUGCAGUUGACCUGAAACUAGGCAUGGACUUCGAUGCUAUACAAAUGGAAUGCUUGUUGAUGGUUGGGCUGUGGUGCGUCCAUCCGGACCAAAAUUUGAGACCGUCGAUAAGGCAGGUAAUUCAGGUUCUUAAGUUUGAGGCACCAUUGCCAAAACUUCCGAGUAGGAGGCCUACUCCCACAUAUGAUGUGCUAACUACUUCUGGAAUUCAAGUAAGUGAGCCAUGUUUUUCUACGGUGUCUAUUACAAUCCCGCGUUAGAUCAAUACUUGUAGGAAAAUUGGAAAAAAUUGUAUUGACUUUGAUUCAUAUGUUAAAAGUCAUGAAGCUCAUCCCAUAAUUUAUGUUGUGGAUUCGAGUUACAGAGA